AUGUCUACUUCAACUGCCCCAACUGCUACUGCUCCACUUGCAAAGAAAGACUGUCACUGUGACUUGUUAACUUGGAAAGAUCCUGUGAAGACUGGUAAGGUCUUCGGUACCAUCAUUUUUACUUUACUUGUUCUUAAAACAGUGAACUUGUUCAACAUUUUCUUCCAUGUUGCCUACAUUGGAUUAUUGGGUAUGUAUUUUGACUAUAUAAGUAAAAAUGCCAUUUUGGGUAUAUUCAUUCCUCGGUAUGAUGACAGGUUACUAACAAUUACUUCUAGUUUCUGCUAUUCUUGAAUACGUAGGUAAAUUCGUUGUUGGUGAAGGAUUUGUCUCUAAAUACAAGCCUGCUACCAAGACUUAUGCUAAGAAAAUCAAUGACGAAAUUUUACCACACGUUGCUGAGUUCAACGAGAAAUUUGAAGCUGAAAUUCAAAAGAUACUCUAUGCUCAUGACCUUGAAGCCACCUUGAAGGCUGCAGGUAUCUCUUACAUCUUGUACAAGAUUACCUCCUUGUUUUCUUUAUACACCUUGAUUACUAUUUUUGUUGUCUUGGCUUUCACUGUUCCAGCUGUCUACGUUAGAAACAAGAAGGAAAUUGAUGCUGCUAUUGCUCAAUAUUCUAAGUUAGCCAAGGAAAAGACUUCGGAAUACACCAAAUUGGCACAAGAUAAGGCUGCUCCACAAUUGGAAGCUUUAGCUCAAAAGACUGGACCAAUUGGUGCUAUGAUUAAGAACUGCUUGCCUACUAGAACUGCUGGUUCAACUGUUGGUGAUAACAGAGAUAUCUCUUUUGAAGGUUCUGCAUCAGCUGCUUCUACUGGUGCUUCUACUGGUGCCUCUAAAUUCCCAGAUGUUCCAUCCACAGGUUUAUCUGGCACCCAAGAAUUUGUUGACGAAACAAAGACUAUUCCAGAAUCUUUUUAA